UCAGUAUUCUGUAUUUUCUGUUUUAGGCAGAGCAGGCGACCCAAAAUGCUGAAGACCAAGGAAAGGAGCACAAGCCUCUCCAAGUUAACGGGUUCCGCACGGCUAAAAAGAAGAAUGGAGUGAUAAGUACGAAAAAUAUAAAUUUCUUUAACGGCAAGGAGAGUAAUAACAAAAUGGCUGACAAGAGUGAAAGGGCCAAUGACAAGCCAGGCGUUAUGCGUGUGCCCAAAAUCAACGGCGUAUUAAAGAAAGACUCGGCGAAGGAAAGCGUGAGGGAGACUUCAGAUCGAGAAGAUGCAGCUCGUGUCGAGAAACUUAUGCAAAACAUGGGCGAGCUGUGGUUGAGAUCCGAAGUGUCACAGUUGGAAGACAAAACUAGAAAAGUGUUUAAAGACAGUCUGCCACCUUACCUAGUACCGGACGCUGAAGCAUUCCUAAACCACCCAUCUAUUAUCAAAAAAUUAAUUUCCGCUAAAAAAUUCAUCGUUCUUAUUCCAUCAAUUGUUGUUUCAGCUCUUGAUGAAUGUAAACAAAGUAGCAGCAAAGUAAGGGAUACAAUCAGAUGGCUUGAAUGGCAGUUAAGAAAGGGUGAAAGGAAUAUAAGGAUUCAAAGAACAAACGAGCACCAGUUCAUACCGUAUAUCAAGUAUCCUAAAAAGAAAGACAAAGAAGCUUGGAUGUUUAUGCAAGUUGUGGAAUGCUGCAAUUACCUCUGCAAUCAGAGCACUGGCGAGAAGAACCCAGAACUCGUGACGCUGCUCACCGGCUCUAAGGCCCUUCUCACCAGUAGUCAACCGACAAACGGCUACAGUCACAUCAGUGUAGCCAAAUCUGCAGGCAUUAACGUGGAACACAUUGAGACGUUCUUCAGCAAAUGGAAAAGCUCUUCGAAGAGUCACGGUUGAAGUCUGGAAUUAGCCGGAGGGCUUUAUAAAACUGGAAUGAUCCGAGAAGAAGAGGGUAGAAAGAGAUAUAAAAAUAGGGGGUUAAGAGGAAAAUAAGUGAGCGCGAGCGAGAGAGAGAGAGAGAGCGAGAGGGUGAUUCUGUCGGCAUCGCCGAUGGCGCUUGUGGGGGGCGCGAACCUCUCUUGAGUCUCCUGCUCCGGACCACCUCUCGCCAUCCAAGGCUUAUCUGCCCGGUCCCAAAGUGGCCAUUCUUCAUUUAGUUAAACUCGACAUCCGUUGUUGUUCGCGGGACACCCCGUUCUCCUAUCGUCGUCCCGAAACAUUAUUUAAUUUAACCCAAUUCCUUUGGGACUACUAAAAAAAAAAAAAAAAAAAAAAAAAAA